UAAAGUUUCGUUUUUAUUUGAAAAAAACAAACCCACCGUCCCAACUAUAGUCGUCGCGCGGCACCACCGUCACCGUCACCUUUACCACCAUCACCAACAUAGUAAUGGUGUUCCGCAUUGCUGCGUUUUUUCUAUUCCAUAGCAUUUUUUUUGGUGCUCAUUUCUGUAUUCAAGUGAAAUCCUUUGGCGACUUUCUGGAAUACAACCACCUUAAACAAGGUAUCAUUAUAAUGUGCAAUGAUGAUUCGCUACAGAUGGAAGAGCUCAAGGCGAUUUCGAAAAAAUCUCUUUGGCUUUCAUAUAUUCGUGUUGGCCAAACAACCGACACGAACAUGAACAACGCUGAUUUUAAGGAUUUAUUUCGCCAAGGGGGAGGCCGAAAAGUUGGAGUCUCCUUUGACAUUGAGUGCCAAUCAGCGACAGUCACUGUUCCCAUCUUAGAGUCUGUAUCAGCCAACAACUUUUUCAAUUCAUCACAAGCAUGGUUUAUACUCGCUAAAAGCUUUGGAAUGGGGCUGCAGGCUCUUGAGAAGUUGGAAAUAAACAUAGACGCAGAUAUAACGCUUGGUAUAAAAAUUCAAAAGGAAGACAUUCUGCGGCUAUAUGAUUUGUACAAAGUGUGUCAUCAGUGUGGCACUUCUUUCGAGAGUUUGGAAAAAGGCAGUUGGAGUGACAGUGGAGGCAUGCAAGUUUUACCAUAUUUUUGGCAAACGACAGUUCAACGCCGAAGGAAUUUCAGUGAUAUAACCUUGAAUGGCGGUGUUGUGAUAAAUGCCGCCCCAAAAGGAAUACCUCUGUCCGUCUAUAUUGAAAGCUACAAGUAUAAGCACCUUGACACUAUGCAACGUAAAACUUAUCACCUGCUUAAAAUUAUGAAGGAAAUUUACAAUUUCCGAAUUAAAAUUGUCAUUUCCGACUUAUGGGGCGUUCGUCAAAACGGAAACUGGACAGGUAUCAUAGGAAAAAUACUCAAUGGCGAGGUAGCAAUUACAUUAUCCCCAUUAAGGUUUACUCAACAACGCGUCCUUGUUGUUCGUUAUCUACCUGAAGUGCAUGUUGAAAUAGCUCGAUUUUUGUUCCGACAUCCACGUCGAUCGCCCAUUCGUAAUAAAUUUCUGGAGCCCUUUACACCGGUUGUAUGGUACACUGUUUUCGCAAUUACCAUCGCUGGAGUUUUUCUAAUGGCAAUUACAAUGCACCACGAGUUUGAAAACUACGAGAGUGUUAAUGGCUCAAGCGCUGGCGCUGGUAAUGGUGCUGAAAAUAAAUUGGAUUUUUUUACUUUGAUCAUCCUCGAGGCGAUCUUUCUUCAAGGGCCAAGCCAAAUGUUCCAAUUCGUUUCCACUCGCACGCUAAUUAUAUCAAUUUGCAUAUUCGCAGUGAUGCUGAAUCAAUUUUACUCAGCAUUCAUAGUUGGCUCUCUGUUGGCAGAUGUUCCGAGGACCAUUGUCAGUAUGCCAGCUCUAUUUAACAGUAGCCUGGAUGUGGGCAUGGAAAAUAUUGCAUACAAUUAUGAACUUUUCAUCAAUACAUCGAACCAAAUGGCAAAAGAUAUUUAUGUUCACCGCAUAAUGAGAAAUCCUCAAACAAAUAUAUUGCCCCUACAGAAGGGUUUGGAACGCAUUGCCAGAGGUGGAUAUGCAUUUCAUGUGACUUUGGUCAGAGCGUAUCAUAUAUUAAAAGAUAAACUUACCGAGCAAGAAUUCUGUGAUCUACAGGAAGUAGCAAUGGAACAACCGUUUCCUACAUGUGCAGCAGUUCCACAGGGCUCACCCUACAAAGAUCAUUUUGCUAGCUCAAUUCUACAACUUCGCGAAACUGGUUUAAUGGCUUACCACGACAAAUUGUGGGCCGUUGAUAAACCACAGUGUAGUGCGGAAAUGAUGGAAAAGGACACAAAAGUUGACAUGGAACACUUUGUACCAGCACUGGGGCUUUUAAGUGUCGCAAUGCUAACGAGUUGGAUGAUAUUAAUUGUUGAAAAUUUAGUGCAUCGUCAAAAAAUUAAAAUUUCUUUCUCAUUUAAACAACGACAAUAAGUUAUAAUUGUAAAAAACAUUAAUAUUACUUGAUUUACACAACAUAUGACCAGGCUUUGGAUUUUUUUCUUUUAAUUCUAAGGGUGCCAGUGCCAGCAAGCUCUUGACAAAUCCUGUUAGUGUAUAUAUAUCUCAAAGAAUAAGCCAAUAUAUAAUUUGAUGUAAGAGUAAUUGUCAUUAAAUAUCAAUUUAAUUCCGAUAAAAAUCAAUUAGUAUUAAACUAAUUAACAUUUCAUUAUAAAAAAUGAGAAAGUGGAUACAAAUUUUUUUCCCAAAAAAUGAUAUUUACUGGCAAUACACUGAUCAAGACCAAUUGACCAUUUAUACUUGCGACAUAUUGGAACUUUAUGGCAAGUGUUGCCCAAACUCUACUCAAACCAUUGGGUUGAUUGAGUUCAAACUUGGAAAUAAGGGUUUUUUCAAUUUGUUUUAAACACUAACUUGGUCAAAAAUAGAAAACUCGAACAAAAAGAUGUUUUUUUCUUAAAAUUUCGUCUUUCAAUAAAAUUAAAUAUUCUUGUACUACCUAUAAUGGUAUGAAACCGUUAUUUUGCUUUUAAGUUUUCUCAAGAAAAUGAUAUGCAAAAAAAGGAUAAAUUGUGUAUAUACAAAACUACUUUGAAAAAACCGGCUGUAACGAUUUUCGAAAAAAUACAAAAUACAUGAAGGUUUUUUUAUAAAUAAAAUUACAUUUAAUUUUUUAAGACAAACCUAUC